AUGAAUAAUGACCAAUCAAGUAAUCAAAUACUGCCGUCCAAGUACAAAUACCAUGUGGAAAUCCAACAAAUGAUGUUUGUUUCUGGUGAAACACACGAUCCACCUUUCGAGACCACUGCACUAAUCGAGGACAUUGUUCGUGGCCAAGUCGUGGAAAUUCUUCUUCAGGCAACACGAACUGCGGCUAUGAGAGGCUCCAAAUCUAUUGCUUCAGAAGAUAUGAUCUUUAUGAUUCGCCACGAUAAGGCUAAAGUGAAUAGACUCCGUACUUACUUAUCAUGGAAAGAUGUGCGUAAAAAUGCUAAGGAUCAGGAUGGUGGUGGAAGUGUUGAUAAUAAUGACUUCUUGGAAGAUCUGGCGGCAGCUGCCGGAGGCAUGGGCGAUGGCUCUAAAAAUUCUGGAAGCAAUAUUUUAAAAUAUAAAAAAUCCAAACUUCGACUUCCUUGGGAAUUGGCAUUUUUGUUCAGCGAACAGGCAUUGGAGACCAACGAUGACGUAGACGAAGACGAUGAAGAAGAACGUGAAGCCAUGAUGAUGUCCCUCAAGAGACUUAAGAAUGCUGAUGAUCGGACCAAAGGUAUGACGAGAGAGGAAUAUGUUCAUUUCUCUGAAUGUCGUCAAGCCAGUUUCACAUUUAGAAAAGGUAAAAGAUUUAAAGAAUGGUGUGGAACUUCCUAUAUUAUGGAACUGAAACCUUCUGAUGAUGUGAUUGAUAUUCUUGGCUUUCUCACGUUUGAAAUGGUCUGCUCUUUAACAGAAGAGGCUUUACAAGUAAAGCAACAAGAAACUGCAAAUAGCGGAAAGAAAAUGGAUGGUUUAUCUACGAGUGAAGGAAGAAAACUGAAGCAUCGGUACCUUUUCGAUGGGCCAGGAGAGCUGGUGAAACCUCUACAAUCAUAUCAUAUGGAAGAAGCUUGGAGAAGAUUACAGAUACAAAACUUCAAGAGUCGGGCCAUGCUAAAUUUUAGAGGCGGCAGAUUGCAUUCGAGAAUGCAAAUUAUUUAA